AUGAGUAGCGACAAAUCACAGGAGACUGGCCAAAAUUCUCAAAAUAGUGCAAGCGAUGAGCCAUCGGAUCACAAGUUAAAGUUGCACUCCAGAAGACAUAACCACCCUAAAGAGUUCGACGCAGAUAAGCUAAGAAAACCUCAUACAGUGGUACAUGGUUUAGGCAGGCCUGGUUUAGGUGAGAUUCCGGGCGGGAAUGCUGGUGGACUACUAAGGAACGACCGCAGACCAGAGGCUCCCAGCCAGAAGAACUCCAGUGCUGGGGAAUGA